AUGUCCCCAACUGCCACUGAGUGCGGAUUUCCUGUGGGGAAUUUUUGGAUUUUUUGGGGAGGGAUUCUGGGGGGGAUUUUGGGGGAUUUGGGGUCCCCCCGAUGUCACAGCCCCACGUCCGGGCGCGUCCCCAGCUCCCGCUCCAGCUCCUGGAUCAGGGCAUCGAAAUCCUUCAGGGUCACCCGGGGCCCCGACCCCAAAUCUGACCCCAAAUCCAGCCCAGACCCCAAAUCCAGCCCCAAACCCGGCCCGGACCCCAAAUCUGACCCCAAAUCCAACCUCAAACCCAAAUCUGAUCCCAACCCCAAAUCUGGUUCCACUCCCAAAUCCAACCCCAAAUCUGGUCCUGACCCCAAAUCCAAAUCUGACCCCAAAUCCAACUUCAAACCCAAAUCUGACCCCGACCCCAAAUCCAAAUCUGACCACAACCCCAAUUCCGGUCCUGACCCCAAAUCUGACCUCAAAUCCCUCCCUGACCCCAAAUCCAUCCCCACACCUGGCCCCAAGCCCGGCCCUGACCCCAAAUCCGACCCUGACCCUAAAUCUGACCUCAAAUCCCUCCCUGACCCCAAAUCCAUCCCCAAACCCGGCCCUGACCCCAAAUCCAACCUCAGACCCAAAUCCGACCCCAAACCCAAAUCUGACCCCAACCCCAAAUCCUGUCCCGCUCCCAAAUCCAAUCCCAAAUCCGGUCCUGACCCCAAAUCUGACCCCACUCCCAAAUUCAACCUCAAACCCAGCCUCGACCCCAAACCUGAUACCAAACCCAAAUCCGGCCCCGACCCCAAAUCUGACCCCAAAUCUUGCCCUGACCCCAAAUCCAGACCCAAACCCAAAUCUGACCCCAAACCUGGCCCUGACCCCAAAUCUGAUCUCAACUCCAAAUCCAACCCCAAAUCCAAAUCUGACCCCAAGUCUGACCCCAAGGCUGUCCCCCGGGCUCAGCACGGGCCCGAAGCACAGCGCCAGGUUCUGGGCGCCCAUGCGGUUCCAGCGCUGCAGGGCGGCCACCAGGCUCAGGUGGGCCAGCAGCCUGUCCCCAAAGUGUCCCCUCGACAGUGA